AUGUCUGGAUCCUUGUCUCCACCAUCAGACCAUCAACGUCGCCGUGGAACUUCAGUGGGUAGUAUCAAUCUCGGUGAUAAUACAACCCCGGCCUUAUCUACUAUGCAUCGCUCUAAGUCAUCGAGAAAACGUUCCAAUGCUAGAAUUGAGCAAUUAAGCCAGAAGCUGACACUGGAUUUAGACUUAUUAUCCAAAAUUUGGAUAGCGUCAAGGGAAUUACAGUACAGACACACUUGGAUCGGCCCUCUUGUAGUUUUGCUUGUGACCAUUGGGACCUUCUUAAUACUGUCUCCCGAUUCGUUUAUUCAUCAAUUCCUUGGCAGAGGAAUUGCACUCUCUUACCAAGUCGGUGAGACAGACCAAUAUGGUAAAGGAGCUAACGAUUUUUAUUUUGUUGCUUAUUAUGCUAUCUUUUUUACAUUCUUGAGGGAGUUUGUUAUGUCGAUGGUUUUAAGUCCAUUAACUACAUUUUUUGGAAUUAAGAGGGAAUCCAAGAAAAAGAGGUUCAUGGAACAACUGUAUGCUAUCUUCUAUACUGGAAUUCUGGGACCAUUUGGAUUGUGGAUUAUGCAUGGUUUACCAAUUUGGUUCUUCAACACUACUGAAUUCUAUGUCACUUAUCCUCACUACACCAAUUCAUUUUACUUUAAGAUCUACUAUUUAGGUCAGGCUGCUUAUUGGGUCCAACAAACUGUUGUAUUGGGUUUACAAUUGGAAAAGCCAAGAAAGGAUUUCAAAGAAUUGGUUUUCCAUCAUAUUGUCACUAUUGCCUUGAUCUGGUGUUCGUACAGGUUCCAUUUUACAUGGAUGGGUAUUGCCAUUUACAUUACAAUGGAUGUUAGUGAUUUCUUCCUCUCAUUCUCCAAGACUUUGAACUAUUUGGAUUCACCUUUAACAGAACCAUUUUUCAUUUUAUUUGUCAUUACAUGGAUAUACCUCAGACAUUACAUUAACUUGAAGAUCUUAUGGUCCGUCUUGACUGAAUUUAAGACUGUUGGUCCAUGGGAACUUAAUUGGGUUACUCAACAAUACAAGUGUUAUAUCUCCCAACCAAUUGUUUUCUUUUUAAUCGGAGCUUUGCAAUUAGUUAAUGCCUACUGGUUGUUCUUAAUUUUAAGAAUUUUGUCCAGAUAUAUCAAGGGAAAUGCUCCAAAGGAUGAAAGAAGUGAUGAUGAAGAAGAAGAGGAAGAAGAAGACUCUGAUAAGAAGGAAGCUGUAGAAACAAAGAAAGAUCAAUAA